AUGUGGAAAAAGAGUCUUCUUGUGUGUCUUUUCUCUCUUUCGGCUCUAAAUGCUGCACUGGAUUGUGAGACGAGAACAGGAACAAACAAAUUCAUUUCUCCACAUUUGAACUCAAAAACGAAAGUAGUCAUGAAGGGUCAAAAUGUAUCUCUAAUUUGUUUCAACCAGAACAAGUCCCCACAGAUCUCCUCCUAUUCUUUGUUUCGGCACAACCAACACCUAAGAACCCAGGAAGGAAAAGGUGAACCUGUGAUUUUUAAUCUAAGCAUCUCGGAAGCCCAUGAUUUGGGUCCCUACAAAUGCAAAGCCCAAGCUGCCAACUGUUCAAGAUAUAGUCGUGAGUUUAACUUCACAUUCGUCGACCCAGUGACCACACCAAUGCUGAACAUUCGGACAGAAACAGACCAGUAUAUAACACUACACUGCAUCUCGCUCAAUGGCUCUCUUCCCAUCAAUUAUACUUUCUUUAAAAAUGACAUCGCCGUGUCACCAGUUAUUUCCAAGUAUGUCAGGGAGCCUGCUGAAUUUAAUUUAACCAAGAAGAACACUGGAAAAAAGGAAGAAUACAGGUGUAAAGCUAGAAACAGAUUGCCUGACCAUGCAAAAUACAGUCAAUCCUUCACCAUGCCCUCAACAGGCGGAGACAGCUGUCCUUUCUGCCUGCAGUUACUGCUUCCAGGGUUAUUACUGGUGCUAAUCGUAAUAAUCUUAAUUCUGGCAUUUUGGAUACUACCAAAGUACAAAACAAGAAAAGCUAUGAGAGAAAAGGUGCCCAGAGGGUAUGGAAAGACGCCCAUGGAAGUUGGACUAUAUGCAAAUGUAGUGGAUGAGUCUGUGCCAGGCUCGGAGCCAAGGCAGCGUGUUUCCACAGUCCAGGAUGAAACCGGACUCUCCCAGGAGAUACAUUAUGCUACCCCCAUGUUCCAGGAGGUGACACCAGAUCACGAAGCCCGUAAAGAUGAUAAAACUGGAUAUGUCUAUUCCGAAAUCGCCUUCUGA